AUGGCUGCUCCUGCUCCUGCACAGGAAGUGGACGUCCAGGAUCUUGUCGACUCCACUGACCCUCAUCUCACGGACCCUCCCCUUCUUAAGGAUCAUUCAGAAUUCAAAUCUUACAAGAGUCGUGGGUUCGAAUAUCCUGGCAUUCGUGUCUUCUACCGACAACAUGCCAAAGCUGACCAACUACCCAAACCCCCGUUGCCUCUUUUGGUGUUCUUGCAUGGUUUGGGUGGCUCUGUUGCUCAGUUUCACUCUUUGUUGAGUAGUCUUAAAGACGAGGCCCCUUGUCUGGCAAUUGACUACCCCGGAUGCGGCCGGUCUGAGUUCUCGGUCACCGAUUGGGAAGCGUACACAACAGAAGCUCUGGUCGACCUCUUAGACAUCAUAAUCAAUGAUUACCGGGACAAAGAUGCGGGUCAGCGCGUGGUUCUGAUCGGCCAUAGCAUGGGCACUGCUUUGUCUGCGAGACUGGCCAAUGCUAAGCUUUCACGCAGCAGUACCAUUUCGCAAUACGUGGUGGGAUUGGUAGCCAUUUGCCCCGUAGCAGAGCCUUUCAAUGAGCGGCACACACAGUUAGCAAGGAGGGCCUUGUGGAUUCCAGAUUGGUUGCUCAACUUAUGGCGAGCUUGGGAUGGUUGGGGUGGCUCCGAAAGUGCAAGUGUGAAGCGUUUCGUUGGUGAGAGUGCCGAUGAAGCCACUCGAAAACUACAGUAUCGCUUCAACAGGCAAAGCCGUACACCGGUCUGGAGGCGUAUGGCAAACGGCGCGCUACCAGUCUACAACGAUGGCUUGCCCACAGGCGGUAUCCCAACUCUGGACACUUGGGCAGGGCUGGAUAUCCCCGUGUUCCUGAUAGCUGGUGAGAAAGACAACGUUGUCUCGCCAAAAGAAGCCGAUAAGAUCGUGAAAGUCUUGGGCUCCGAAAGGACAUCUCCAGCAUCGGAAGGCGAGAGCGAGACGAACGAUGCCACUGUUGAAGCUGCUGCUUCUGCUGAUACUUCAACACGAUCAAACGACCAUCGCCCUCAAACUAUUGAGGAAAUCACAGAAGACGACUUCACAAAGGUCAAAGACCCAAGCAUUGUGACACCCCCUGAGGGUGGCAGUCAUACUGAUCCUUCCACUCCGAACGAGAACAUGACCGAGACUAAGCUGCCUCCACAACCGGAUCACCCUAAGAAGGUUGUUCGGUCUGUCAUAAUGCCCGCCCCUGCAACACACGCUGUGUUGUAUACGCCUUGUUCGGUCCGAGCUGUCGCCGGCUUGAUUUCCGAAUUCCUUGCUACGAAUGUCACAGAAAGAUUAUCUCUUGCCUGGCAAUUGCAAUACCUUUCCCGUGAAGGAAAAUGGGACGUCAAAAACCUCAACAAAUGGAAAUCCGUCAAUCCCGUAUCUGACCCGAUUGGACCUGCGGGGAAGCCGGUUUUCCGCGCCCUCAAAACGCUGCGUGAAGCGGAUGAUGUGCAUUGUCCGCAGGAAUUUGUUGCAAAAUGGGGCUCUAUUGUGAAAGAUGUUAUUGACAUCUCAAAAGAUCAGCCUGUUUACGACCCUCGUGGGCUCGACAGGGCUGGUAUACAUUACCAUAAGUUUCCGACCGUCUCAAAGAUCCCACCGCUACCAAAUGAGGUCGAGGCUUUCAUUAAGCUAGUUGAUGAGCUCCGCGAGAAGCAAGCUGAGCGAGCCGUCACAGAGGAAUGGGAAGAUCCAGAGAACUGCGUCAUUGGAGUCCACUGUCAUUAUGGCUUCAACCGUACGGGAUACUUUAUUGUGUGUUAUCUCGUUGAGCGGUGUGGAUUUGAUGUUGAAGAAGCUAUCAAGACAUUUGCCGAAGCGAGGCCUAAUGGGAUUCGUCAUUCACACUUCAAGGAUAGACUUUAUAUGCGCUAUAGCGUCUGA